AUGUCUAUGUUACGGAGAGAAUAUGUCUUAUUACUUUUCUUCCUUGCUCUAUAUCAUGUCCCAGAGUGUGCCGCCAAGAAGUCAUAUAUAGUGUACAUGGGAUCCCAUUCCCAUGGCCGUGAUGCUUCUCCUGAAGUGCUCGAGAGGGCGACCCAAUCUCACCAUGAAUUCCUUGGUUCAUUUCUUGGAAGUCAAGAGAAGGCCGAAAAAGCAAUAUUUUACUCAUACAAGAGGCACAUCAAUGGCUUUGCAGCCAACUUGGAGGAAGAAGAAGCAGCUGAAAUUGCAAAGCAUCCCAGUGCCAUUUCGGUGUUUCCGAACCAAGGAAGGAAGUUGCACACAACCCAUUCAUGGAACUUCAUGUUGUUUGAGGAUGGUAAAGGCGAAAUAAUACCAAAUUCUGCAUGGGAUAUGGGCAGAUUUGGUGAAGACACCAUCGUUGCUAACCUUGAUACUGGUGUUUGGCCUGAAUCAUUGAGCUUCAAUGACUAUGGCUACGGACCAGUUCCGUCAAGGUGGAGAGGAUCUUGUGAGAAUAACACUGCCUCUGGAGUUGUCUGCAACAGGAAGCUCAUUGGGGCAAAAUACUAUUCCAAAGGCUACGAGCAGUAUGCGGGGCCGAUUGACCCGUCAAUGAAGACCCCACGGGACUACAAUGGACAUGGGACUCACACCCUGUCAACCGCCGCAGGCAACUUUGUCUCUGGGGCGAAAGUGUUUGGAUUGGGCAGAGGAACAGUCAAAGGCGGGUCCCCACGUGCCCGUGUCGCAUCCUACAAGGUCUGCUGGCCGCCUGCCAAGAACGGAGAGUGCUUCGAUGCGGACAUGCUUGAAGCCUUUGACGAGGCAAUCCAUGACGGGGUGGAUGUGCUCUCAGUCUCUAUAGGUGGGGACCCCAUUGACUACUUCAAGGACGGUAUCUCAAUCGGGACAUUCCAUGCUGUGAAGAAUGGGAUCGUCGUUGUCUGCUCAGCGGGCAACUCAGGACCAGAUGCUGGCACAGUCACGAAUGUCUCCCCUUGGAUAAUCACCGUGGGUGCUAGCACGCUGGAUCGUGAGUUCCAGGCCGAUGUAAAGAUCAAGAAAGGCGCCCAUGGUGAGCAGUUCAAAGGGCUGAGCCUCUCCAUGCCGUUACCUGAAGAUAGGUUUUAUCCCCUCAUCACCGGAGCGCAGGCUCAAGCAGCUAAUGCUUCUGCUCUUGAUGCAAUGUUGUGUAAGCCAGGAAACUUGGAUCCCGAGAAGGCAACGGGCAACAUUGUGGUGUGCCUGAGGGGCCAGAACGCCAGAGUGGAGAAGGGCCGGGCAGCAGCUCUAGCUGGUGCUGCCGGGAUGAUCCUCUGCAACAACAAGGAGCUUGGGAAUGAUCUUAUCGCCGAUCCUCAUGUCCUUCCUGCAACACAUAUCAACUAUGAAGAUGGCACUGCCCUCUUUGCCUACGUAAACACCACAAAAGAUCCACGCGGAUUCAUUACCGCUCCAAGAGCAGUAGUAGGCACGAAGCCAGCCCCGUUCAUGGCGUCCUUUUCCUCUAAGGGUCCCAACACCAUCACUCCAGAGAUCCUCAAGCCUGAUAUUACUGCUCCAGGAGUAAACAUCAUAGCCUCUUACAGCGAAGCCACAAGCCCGACGGGCUUGCCCUUUGAUGACCGUAAAGUGAAGUUCAAUGUUGACUCGGGCACGUCCAUGUCCUGUCCUCAUGUCUCUGGAGUUGUCGGGCUUCUGAAGACAUUGCACCCAGACUGGAGCCCCGCUGCAAUUAAAUCCGCCAUUAUGACCUCAGCUAGGACAAGGGACAACACCAUGAAGCCAAUGCUCGACGGGUCCUUUGUCAAGGCAACACCCUUCAGCUAUGGGGCAGGUCACUUGCGACCAAAUCGCGCCGUGGACCCAGGCUUGGUCUAUGACAUGUCCAGCGAGGACUACCUCGACUUCCUCUGCGCACUGGGCUACAACCAGACAAUGAUCCAGCAAUUCACAGACGAGCCCCACAAGUGCCCUGAUUCACUCAGCCUGUUUGAUGUCAACUACCCGUCAUUCUCAGUUCCAAACUUCUCGGGCAAGGCAUCGCUCUACCGCAGGGUGAAGAAUGUGGGUUCCCCCGGAACUUAUAAGGCUGUAGUCCACCAUCCAUUGGGGGUGUCCGUGUCUGUUGAACCGACCCGUCUGACUUUUGUUAAAGUAGGUGAGGAAAAGGAGUUCAGGGUGGCUCUCCGAGCACAUCGCAGGAUCCCGAGGGCCGUUCAUAAGGUGAAUGUCACAACAGAGGAGUACGCAUUCGGAGGGCUAACUUGGACGGACGGGAAGCAUUUCGUGCGGAGCCCCAUAGUAGUUGGUUUUCCCAACUAGAAGAUGUCAUCAGGGAUCUAAGGUAGAUAGUUUAGGUUUCUCAUUUGCAGUUCACUGUAUUUGCUUAGUCUAUAGCUGGUAAUGUUAUUUGGGAUUUUAUAACUGUCGCUUUACUCGAGUGAACUAAACAGUUGGGAUUGUGUGAA